AUGGCUGGUGGUGGCUUUGGACCUGGCCCUGGAAAUGGAAAGGAAUAUCCAGGAAACCUUACUCUUUAUGUUACUAUUACUUGCAUUGUUGCUGCCAUGGGUGGCCUCAUUUUCGGAUACGAUAUCGGGAUCUCAGGUGGUGUGACAUCUAUGGAUUCGUUCUUGAAAAAGUUCUUUCCAUCUGUUUACAGAAAGCAAAAGGCUGAUGAUUCAACAAAUCAGUACUGCAAAUUUGACAGUCAGACUCUUACUAUGUUUACAUCAUCAUUGUAUCUCGCUGCACUUUUGUCAUCUAUCGUGGCCUCAACUGUCACCAGAAAACUGGGAAGAAAAUUGUCUAUGCUUUUUGGAGGUGUUCUUUUCUGCGCAGGAGCAUUGAUCAAUGGCUUUGCACAAGCCGUUUGGAUGCUGAUCGUUGGCCGCAUUCUCCUUGGUUUUGGUAUUGGAUUUGCCAAUCAGUCUGUGCCAUUAUAUCUAUCUGAAAUGGCUCCCUACAAGUACAGAGGUGCACUCAACAUUGGUUUUCAGCUGUCCAUCACAAUUGGAAUUCUUGUAGCCAAUGUGUUGAAUUACUUUUUUGCUAAAAUUCCUGGUGGAUGGGGAUGGAGAUUGAGCUUGGGUGGUGCUAUGGUUCCUGCCCUUAUCAUCACCGUCGGGUCUUUAGUCCUUCCUGAGACACCAAACUCCAUGAUCGAGCGUGGAAGGGAGGAUGAAGCGAAAGCGAAAUUGAAAAGAAUCCGGGGUGUUUCCAAUGUUGACGAGGAGUUUAAUGAUUUAGUUGCAGCUAGUGAGGCAUCGAGGAUAGUGGAGCAUCCAUGGAGAAAUUUACUUCAGAGAAAGUAUAGGCCACAUCUCGCAAUGGCCAUUCUUAUUCCUUUCUUUCAACAACUUACUGGGAUCAACGUGAUCAUGUUUUAUGCACCUGUCUUGUUCAAAACUAUUGGAUUUGGAAGUGAUGCUUCACUUAUGUCUGCCGUGAUUACCGGUUGUGUCAACGCCAUUGCAACUAUGGUUUCGAUCUAUGGAGUUGAUAAGUGGGGAAGAAGGUUCCUUUUCCUUGAGGGUGGUGCACAAAUGCUCAUCUGUCAAAUUGCCAUUGCAAUAUGUAUAGCUCUAAAAUUCGGCGUGGAUGGAAAUCCAGGCGAGUUACCUAAGUGGUAUGCUAUUGUGGUGGUGCUUCUGAUAUGCAUAUAUGUUGCUGGUUUUGCUUGGUCAUGGGGUCCUUUAGGCUGGUUGGUGCCUAGUGAAAUUUUCCCACUCGAAAUCCGAUCGGCUGCACAAAGUGUCAAUGUUUCGGUUAACAUGGUAUUCACAUUUGCGAUUGCUCAAAUUUUCUUGGCAAUGCUUUGUCAUUUGAAGUUCGGUUUAUUCCUUUUCUUUGCAUUAUGCGUUGUAGUUAUGACGAUCUUCAUCUUCUUCUUCUUGCCCGAGACUAAGAAUAUACCAAUUGAAGAAAUGGCUAUUGUGUGGAAAGAACAUUGGUUUUGGUCUAGGUUCAUGACUGAAGUCGAUUGUACUAAUGGAUCACUCGAAAUGGAGAAGAAGGGAGGAGAUGCUUACAAGAAAGUAUGA